AUGGAUUUUGAGGUUGCGGAUGAAGCGUUCCCUGUUCUAUCCGACGUGAUAAAUUGUCGUAAGCAGGAUACCCAUGACGAUUUUAAGGAUUUUGUUGAUUUAGAUGUGGACGAUCUUCCUGUCAAACAUCGGAAUGAGCAAACCUUGAAGUAUAUCCAAAGUCUUGGAAAUCGUGUUGUAAGGCUGGUGGUAGAAAAACCAGCUGGUGCUAUUUUUGGAUCAGGUGUGGUGUUUAGAGUUGGUGCAGUUUUUAUCAUCCUAACAAACGACCAUGUCGUUGGCUGUGAAGAAGAUGUGAAAAAUUGUAAGAUCGAGUUCUUUUACCAUGACGUGACUAGAAAUGCAGUUGUGACUAGCAGGGGUCAGAAGAUGCUCGGUUCUUCAAAUUUUCAAGACAGAUGCUUUUUCACCUUUAGUCCUGUACCGCCCGCUAUUGAAGAUAUGGCAAUGUUCGACAAUUCGGAGCUGGUAGCAGAUAUUACCUACUCCAAAGAUGGUAGCAGUAUGAAAUGUAAUGGAUAUGUUAACAUGAAAGAUGAUAAAUGGUUAGUAAUGGCGCCGCUACCAUCACCAGAUAUAGGUGAAGAUUGUUUUUGUGAGGUCGCCUUCACCCAAAAAGGAUGUGACGAACCUCAGUUGGCAACAUUUGUUCGCAUCCUUUCCACAGAAGACAAAGGUCAUUACAUUGAAAUCACUGACGUACCAGAAUUUGUCAAAUCAGCAUCAUUAGCCAGUUGGGUUGCUCCAUGGCCUAUGGGUUGUAAGGAAUUCACUCCCAUGGUCAUACAUCAUCCGCAUGGAGUAUAUAAAAAGGUUACUGUGGGUAAAAUGUUGGCUGUUGAAAGUGAUAGUGUUGUGGAUAAGUUGUACCAUACAGCUAAAACAUGUCCUGGAUCCAGUGGUGGCUUGGUGAUAACAGUCGGUGGAGAUUCAUCUAAAUAUUUUGCAUACCCUGCUUAUAUUUGUAUACACUGUCAAGGAGACAGAGCUUCAGAAUUUCGAGGAGUUCCAACAGAAACCGGAAACGUCAAUGUGUCCCUGUUUAAUAACAGCUAA